GCUCAGCUGUGCAGGAAAUACGGCGCCGCACAUUCACCGAGAAACACUGAACCAGAGGCUCAGUGAUUUCAGCUUCAACAUGAUGACAUUUCUUCCCAAACUCCUACUGCUGGUAUUACUAGCGUUCCCGGCCACCAUUCUUAUGAAAGGGCCGGGAGUAGCAGCCCAGGAUGCCACUGAGGAUGAGGAAGCUGAGGCUGGCGAGGAAGAUGUUGUGGAUGAUGCCACUGCUGAGGAUGAAGAUGAUGAGGCUGAGGUAGAAGACGAUGAAAACACAGAAUUGACAGAAGAAAAAGAAGAGGAGGAAGAGGCUCUGGUUGGAGAGGUGAAGGCCUCCCCCAACGCUGACACCACCAUCCUCUUCGUCAAAGGAGAGGACUUCCCUGCCAACGAGAUCGUCAAGUUCCUGCUGGGCUUCACCAACAAAGGAUCAGAGAACUUUGUCGUGGAGUCUCUGGACGCUUCUUUCCGCUACCCUCAGGAUUUCCAGUUCUACAUCCAGAACUUCACAGCUCUCCAGCUGGGCCUUGUGGUUCAGCCCGGCAGGCAAGCGUCCUUCGAGUACUCCUUCAUCCCCGCUGAACCAAUGGGAGGCCGGCCCUUCGGCCUGGUCAUCAACCUCAACUACAAGGACAGCAAUGGCAUCAUGUUCCAGGACGCUGUCUUCAACCAGACGGUGACCGUGAUCGAAAGGGAAGACGGCCUUGACGGAGAAACGAUCUUCAUGUAUGUCUUCCUGUCCGGUCUUGGACUGCUGGUCGUCGUAGGCCUUCACCAGCUCCUUGAGUCCAGAAAGAGGAGGCGUCCGGCCCCUAAGGUGGAGAUGGGAACGUCGAGCCACAACGACGUGGACAUGAGCUGGAUCCCCGCCGAGACGCUCAACCACCUCAUGCAGAGCCGUCGAGACAAGGCCUCCCCCAGACGCUCCCCCCGCAAAAGGAACCAGAAGCGAUCCGCCGGCUCUGACGAGUGAUGGGCAGUGGGGUCACGCCGCUAGCCGGCCGCGUACCCCUGACCGUCCGCACAGAACCCCCCCCCCCCCAACCCACCCACCCACCGACAGGAGGGCUGGGAGCGACAGCCCAACCCAGCCGGUCUCGCCCACAUAGAAACACACUCGAUGCCAACCUCUCAGGGUGGCGCUUCAUAAUCAACGUACAAACUGUUAAAUACGAUUUUGGACCAACACACACGCACACAUAUACAUAAUUUUCUUUAACACUUUUUACGGAUCUGUCACAUGGGGGUGGAAUCAAAAAACAACAGAAAAUGCAUUAUUCUGAAGAGAAGAAUGGGAUAUUUUGCGAUGAGCGAGGGACCGGUGGGAAAACGGUAGACAUUUGUUUAGGUUUCAUUUUUUUCUUCAUUUUUUUUUUCUAAUGGACUGCCUUUGUAGCAUAUCCGUGACGUCAUGAUCAUCAUUUUGUGAUAAUGUGGGGGUUCUUUUUGUGACUAAGCCAUGCAAUGGAUAAUAUUUGCAUUGUUUCAUACUUUCAACUUUUUUGUUUGGUUUUGGUAGCUUGGGUUGCUGUUGUACUUGUGGGAGGGGAGGUAUUCCUCUUUCACAGGGUGUGCUUCCUCCCACUAGCCCAAACCCGUCGGCCCUGCCACACAUUGGAAACAAUAGUUGUUGCUGUUUCAAACCGCAGCCACUAAUGCCCCUGACACACUUUGAGAUGAGAGGCAGAAGGGAGCGAACCCAGGGCCAGGACUCCGUAGUAACCAACAACCCCUCCUCCCUGCUUGUCUUAAAGGUUCACUUUUGGACUACACGCUUUCUCUCUGGGAAGGCAUCUAUUGUACCCUGCUACCUGGGGACAGCACUGGUUGGAAACCACUGGACGGUUGUAGCCGCUAUGGUUUUUGAAGGUGGUCAGCAGUCACAGCUUAGAUGGGUGUUGUGGACGGCGUACCUCAGAGCCGGUGCAGGGGCUGUUGUUGACGUGCAGGUGGUCAGGAUGUUGGGUGUCCUUGGGGUGUUUUGUAUCAAGGCUGUGCACUGAGUGGCGUCAGGGGGGCCUGAGACUUUCUAAGGUCAGCGAUGGCAAACGAGGGUUCUUAGUCUGUCCCCCAACGUGCCUGUUUUUUACUUUUGUUUGUGAUUCUACUGUACAUUUAGAUUUCUGCCGUGUUUCCCCUCCUAGAAGCCAGUUUGAGGUUGGGAACGGGCAGGGAAUGGAAUGUGUUUUUUUCCGGGCUGUUUUUCUGCUUAGUGAGAUGUUAAUCGGAGGCACUGGUGUAAAUACUAGCUAAAGCUCCCAAACUAGAGCACCAUGACAUGUUAAUUUAUUUCCCAAAUGACAAAGUGGGUUCCAAUGGGUUUUAUACUGUAUUCAUUUGACCACUAAAGGGUACCAUUGUGGGUAUUUUUCUAGUAGAACUUUACUUCAGUUGCAUUUCAAAGUGUUUCUCUACAAAACUGUGUGGAUUUCAGGCGUGGUGGUAAUGGCUGUUCCAAUGUGAAGCUCGUCAUGCAGAGGCACAACCACCAUGUUGGUGUGUAUGUCAUAGAACUUGCCACUUGCUACCAUGGCUCCAUGUGUUUACAGUCAAUGGCUCAUAACGUGGGUGCUACUGAGAAGAGUAAACCUAAUAAUGCUUUCUGAAAAUGGUUAGUGAUACUCAUAGGCCAUAUCUACAUUUUGUUACUUUCUCCCCCCCCCCCCCAAAAAAAACAACAACGAUGUGCCCCUUACAAAUUUCUUUGUCACAUCCAUUCAUUUUUCAUUAUGUGCAGAAAAAUAAACGCUGAUUUGCUGUAGGA